GACAGAGUUUGGCGUUUCGCGCGAUGCUGCGGCGGGGUGUCUUGGAGGAGAUGCUGAGACACUGGAAUUAGUUUUAGAGGAAGAGAAAUGGAGGAGCCAUAGAACAUUAAGGAUGAAUUCAGGAAGGCCUGAGACCAUGGAAAACUUGCCUGCUCUCUACACUAUUUUCCAAGGAGAGGUUGCUAUGGUGACAGACUAUGGAGCCUUUGUCAAAAUCCCAGGUUGUCGGAAGCAAGGUCUGGUCCAUCGAACUCAUAUGUCAUCCUGUCGGGUAGAUAAGCCCUCUGAGAUAGUAGAUGUUGGAGACAAAGUAUGGGUGAAGCUUAUUGGCCGAGAGAUGAAAAAUGAUAGGAUAAAAGUAUCCCUGUCCAUGAAAGUUGUCAACCAAGGGACCGGGAAAGACCUCGAUCCCAACAAUGUUAUCAUUGAGCAAGAAGAGAGGAGGAGGCGUUCCUUCCAGGAUUACACUGGGCAGAAGAUCACCCUCGAGGCUGUCCUGAACACCACCUGCAAGAAGUGUGGUUGUAAAGGUGAGAUGAAGCUGCUGCCAUUUCCACCGUUCUCUCCUCCUGGAUGUACCCUUUACUGGAUGAAGGAGGUGGUCCAAUGCCACUUUGCAAAAGACUGCUUCACGCAACCAGGGGGGACCAAAUACUCUCUGAUACCUGAUGAGGAAGAAGAAGAGGAAGAAGCAAAGUCAGCAGAGUUUGAGAAGCCUGACCCCAUGAAAAAUUCUUCUAGAAAAAGAAAGAAAGAAAAGAAGAAAAAGAAACAUAGAGACAGGAAGUCAUCUGACUCUGACAGCUCAGACUCUGAGAGUGAUAUAGGCAAGAGGUCAAGGCACACAUCGAAAGACAGCAAGGCAGCAAAGAAGAAGAAAAAGAAAAAGAAGCAUAAGAAGAAGCACAAGGACUGAGAGAAGAAAAAGUGCAGAGGGUGGUUGUGACCUUGAAAGCCCUGGAUCCUAGAAAGACUUAAUAGUGAGGAUAUGGCUUCCCACCCUGUUAACAUCACUCCCAUGGGAGAUGGCUUCCCCUCAUGCAACAGGCAGGUUUGGGAACUAGAGUUCAAAAGCAGCUGCCUGAAUGAGUUGUUUUCCUUAUCACUCCUGGUCCCUUUGCAAGUAACCCCUGCAGCUCACACAUUCAUUCAUCCAACUUCAUUCAGCAGGAGGUCCUAGUACCUUCUCCAGCUGUCACUGCCAGAACUGGAUUCCUACACAGGAGUCCAGGCUAGAGCCACAGGGACUUCUGUGGAGGUAAGUCUGGCUGUAGUUGGAGACUGAUUAGCCCCUUUCUAUUAGUCUUUCUGAGCUGAUUGGUGGGUGUUCUCUGUCACAUCCAACACGGGGCAGAGGGGGCAGAGGGAGAACAUGUUAAGUGGUGCUUAACUCUUUUCAUCCCCUCCAACUUGGUUCUGCUGUGCUAGAAGUGACAGCAGUGGCUACAGCCAGAAAACAAUCAUUUGCAGUAUGACUUGGCUAGUAUAUGACAUUCCAGCGGACCACUGAACCUGACAGCUGAAACCAAGAUCAUUGUUCACUUUGUAUUUACUGCUGUGUGAAUCAAUUGAUUCUACUUCAGCUCCCUGCUUAAAUUCCUGGCACUAAAUGGAAGUGUGUUUGGUUUUAAA